AUGUCUAUUUGUCCUAUUUUCCCUCCUGGACCACUUGUUCCUGAGGGUGCUUGUUUCCUCAACAGCAAUAACCUUGACCGAACAAUUGCUGGAUUUAAGAAAUGCUGUGGUCCCGCCCCUGUAGCUCAGUCUUUUAAUGACGGAGCUGAGGUGUGCCUUGUCUACUGCCCCCUCGUCGAAGAUGGCCCAAAUGACAAAGAUCUAUUGGAUUGCCUUAUUUCAGAGCUUGGCAGUGCUGCAUGCACCGGCGGCGACCGGCUAGCCUCUCCAAGCGAUCUCAGUCGCGCCAGUGACUUAGCAAAGACUACGGGACUCUGUUCUGCAUGUCUUGCUAGGACAACAACUGCUGAGCAAACAACUACAGCUACAACAACGGACAGCGAAAACACAGCAUCAGAAACUGCAAGCAACACCGCAACAGAAAGUACAAGCGAAAGGUCCUCAAACACUGCUACAAUUACAACUGCUCCAUCGAGAACCGGGACUUCCAGGGGUACGACAGCGACCACGAGCUCAACAAGCACUAAUGCGGCUGUUGGAAUCUACCAAGCUGACACUGUGCCAUGGAAGGUUGGAUUCACUAUAGGAGCUAUGAUAUUUACGGGUGCGAUUGCGGGAUUGUUGAUAUAA